CGCUGCGGGGCUGUGGUGGCAGUCGCUGGCUCGGAGCUCGGCUGCUUCCUUGGCAGAGCCGCCUGAUCUGACGGAGCCUGCUCUCUCCCGGCGCCAGCGCUGCCGCCAUGUCUCUGGGAUCCGGGCCGGAGGCGGGUUUCUCGAGCGAGGAGCUGCUCACCCUGCGUUUUCCGCUCCACCGCGCCUGCCGCGACGGAGACCUGCCGGCUUUGUGCGCUCUGCUUCAGAGCGCGCCCCGCGAGGACUUGGCAGCCGAGGACUCCUUCUACGGGUGGACGCCCAUCCACUGGGCCGCGCAUUUCGGAAAGUUGGAGUGUCUAAUACAGUUGGUGAGAGCAGGAGCUACUGUAAAUGGCUGUACGACACGCUUUGCCCAAACACCAGCCCAUAUUGCUGCUUUUGGAGGACAUCCUCAAUGCCUCAUCUGGUUAAUUCAAUCAGGAGCCAACAUAAACAAACAGGAUUAUGUUGGUGAAACUCCUGUUCACAAAGCCGCUCGUUCUGGCAGUAUGGACUCCAUAAGUGCCCUUGUGGCUCAUGGAGCUCAGAUAGACUUGAGAAAUGCAAGUGGCCUGACAGCAGCAGAUCUUGCACAUACCCAGGGCUUCCAGGAAUGUGCUCAGUUGCUCUUGAAUCUCCAGAACUGCCCACUGAACAAUUUCUAUAGCAAUGGCACCUUAAAUGGGGUCCACCAGAAUAUCAUCCCCAAUACCUUCAGUAAAGGCACAAGUCGGAAACGAUCUUUUGAAGAUGUGGAGAGUGCUGGAAUAAAGAAAGCUAGGACUGAAGGUCAAAAUAUUGAUGGCUUAAUACCGAUGACAAAUGGAGGAAAUGAAGAUGAUGCUGACAAUAUGCAUGUUGAUAGAGAGUUUGCUGUGAUAUCAGAUAUGAACUGCAGUAACUCCAUAUUGAAUGCAUUGACAAAUGGAUAUUUCAUCAAUGGACACUUGGACUUCAGCUCCCCAGCUCAGCUCAAUGGAUUGAGUGCCAGGCGUGAAGAGUGCCUAACAUUGAUAGUACCUAAUGAAGUAGCCUCUGCCCAUAAGCAGACGAUUAAUGUUGGUAAUGGCGUCGAGGAACCAGAAAAAAUUAUAAAUACUUCUGAUAUGUGCGGUUCUUUGCAUCUGAAUGGAAGUCCAAGUAGCCUUGUGUCAAAUAGGCCCUCGUGGCUAGAGGGCCUUGGAGACACACUGCACUAUGGUCAUUAUCAUGGUUUUGGUGAUACUGCAGAAAGUAUUCCUGAACUUAACAGUGUUGUUGAGCAUUCCAAUUCUGUUAAAGUUGCACAGAAAUACGACAAUACUGUCUUGGGUACAAUGUAUCUUUACCAUGGCUCCUAAGUUGUUGAAUCCACAUUUUGUGGCUGUUGAACAUAUUUUGGAAAACUACUACAAAACAAUAUAAUAUUGGGGUGGGGGGGAGGUAACAUCUGAAGGAUGCAGCAAGUAACAGUUUUUUACACAUUGUUAAGAGAAUUUGCCACUUGACAGCCUUAUGCUUCUAGUUUGCAUGCACAGGGUUCACUAGUUAGAUGAAUAGGUGCUUUUACAAUGGAAUGCUUGGUCUUUUUUAUGACAAGUUCUAGUUUUGUACUUUUUUAUUUCUAAGCUAUAAACACUGUACCCUAGAAGUUUGUGUUCACUUUCAUUAAGCUCUGUUAAAACUAAACUUUUUGCAACGAAGUUGGUUUUGGAUAUUAGCAAAGUACAAAUUCUCUUACUAAGGUUUUCUGUUGAUGCUAUGGUAAGUAAUGUGUGCACCAGCUAUGAUAAUAUGACGAGUGAUAAUAAAAACUUUUUACAUAAUAUAUUUGCUCAUUUCUAUUGGUGGGGCGGAGUAGAUUUUCUUUUAAAUUGUUCAUACAUUACAUGCUUAAUUGAUAAUUGGAUGGUUCUGUAAAUGUUCCUCUUUAAAGUAGUAUUUAGGUGGCAAUCUGUACUCUUUAGGGGGGAAAUGCUAACUUUGUAGUAGAACAUUGAUAUUCUUUUGAAAGGAGCUUGAGGCCCUUUGGGUUUUUUGCUUUACAGAUAUUCAUGAUAUUUUACCAUAGCUCACAGAAUGGCAUGUUCACACUGUUUUACUGUGUAUGUUGAAUUAAAAAUAUUGUUACUUGUUGAAAUGUUUGUUGUCUGGUCAGUAUAUUUCAGCUUUACCUUUUGUUGUAUGCAUAUAUUGUGUUUUUGUUUAAGGAAAUUUAAUGUUGUAUAUGCCCAGCCUAAAGUAGGUGCUGGUUUUUGUUACGUUUUCAGCCAAGAUUGGUGGGAAUAUGUUGUUUAAAAUUGCAUAAGCAGAAUACAUACACAUGCACUGCAAUUGCUUUCUAACAUUUUUGUGCUUUUCCUUUUUGUAAAAUUAAGCUGGAUGAAGAAAAUGUUGAACUAAAUGCAAACUGGGUGUGUGUGUAACUUGUGCUGUAUGUUUUGUUUCCAAAGGGACCUUUGCAAAUUGAAUUUAAAAAUAAACUCCAUCUUACAGUAUACUUUA